GAGCAGGGACGCCGUCAGCUGUCGCGCAGACACGGAGGCAUACUUCCGUUUUUUUUUCUCGUCCUGAUUUGAACAGUAAACAGCGGAUGUGUUUUGCACAGUGCAGACACACUGGGUCCUGUGUCUCUCCUCACCGGAGCUCCGCGGCUACCUGGACACACACACACAAUCUGGAUUAAGACUAAUGAACUGGGGUUGAAUAAUCUCCCCGGGAGCGUGUACGCGACUCGUUGUCUCGCUGUGGGGUUUGUUAUCGCCACCAGGCUGAAGACGAUGUCUGUCCGAGGACACUUGGUCGCUUUGUACAAAUGCUCACUUCUGCUGUCUCUGAGGAUGUUGCUUCUUGUGCCUACAGGGUUGCCGGUCAGCACCCAAGGGGACUCUCAGUCCGACAACAAAGUCAUGGACAAUAUCACCGUCCGACAAGGAGAGACGGUCUUUCUCAGGUGUGCACAGGGGGACGUUGUCACACACACAGCAUGGCUUAACCGGUCGAGUAUACUGUACGCUGGGGAAGACAAAUGGUCUGUGGAUCCCCGGGUGAGUCUGGUGACCCUUAAUCAAGAGGAGUUUACCAUCAAGAUUGAAAACGUGGAUAUGACGGAUGAGGGGCAGUAUGUGUGCGCAGUCCAGACAAGCAGUCGACCAAGAACUACCUCAGUGCAUGUCCUUGUCCAAGUACCACCGAAAAUCAUCAACCUGUCAAGAGACCUUGUGGUGAAUGAAGGCUCCAACGUCACCCUUAUGUGCCAAGCCAGCGGUAAACCAGAGCCUUCAAUCAGCUGGAAACUUGUCUCCUCAUCAGGGGACCUGGCAUCAGACGACGAGUACAUGGAAAUCCCAUCCAUCACCAGACAGAGAGCAGGGACGUACGAAUGCUCUGCUGUCAACGAAAUUGACACAGAUGUUCAGACUGUAGACAUCACCGUCAACUAUGCUCCGACUGUGUCAGAGGGCAGAGAUGUUGGAGUGACUCUGGGACAGAGAGGAGUGCUGGAGUGUGAAGCCGAUGCAGUGCCGGAGCCCGCCUUUGAGUGGUAUAAGGAUGACCGAAGGAUCUUCAAUGGCUUUGAUGGCCUGGAGAUUGUGAAGACUGCAUCGCUGUCGAAGCUGGUGUUUUUUAAUGUGUCCGACGGAGAUUACAGCAACUACACCUGUGUUGCCCUCAACAAACUUGGGAGCUCAAACACAAGCUUCCUUUUGUUUGUGGUAAUUGAGCCCACUAGCUCAACGCUAUUGCAAGGACCGAGAGCAGUUCAGGAUGGUAGCGGUGGCUCAAUGGGAGUGCACUUACACACCUGUCUCCUCCUCCUCGUGUUCCUGCCCCUCCUGCUCAAAUUUUAAAGAGGAAUGGAUUUGAACAUAAACGUGUGUAUGUGUGUGCGUCUGAGUGCGUGUGCGUGCGUGCGCACAUUUGCACUUGUGAGUUUGUUCUUUUGGUUGUUUUUUUUGUUUUCAACCAGAACCAUAAACUGAUGCACAGUGAGUGCAUGAAGUACACAGCUAUGUAAUAAUGUUGACACAUUAGAACAUAAUAUAGAUUCAUCAUCUUUUUUGUGUUGAUUUACUUUUUUGUUUUAGUUUUUAAAGUUGUAACAGAUGUUUCAUAUCUUAACUGAAUUAUUUUGGAUCUUUUUCUCACUAAAUUAUGGUAUUCUGGAUUAUCUCUUUACUCUGUAAAAAUGUUCUAUUCUUUAAAUGAGGCAUUUCUUAUUCAAAUGGAAUUGUUUUAAUUUUAACCACAUUGCAUAUUCAUCUCAAGUCAAAUUUUUUGUAAAAGAGGUGAAUGUUAAAUACCUCAAAGUCAAACAGAGACAGUGAAACAGAAGGAAUUGAGGCUACCCUGAGGCUGAAAGCCGGGUAUUAUCAUAUUUUAAUGUAUAAUAAUUAUCAUUCAGUCUGGUUGAAAGCAGAAUUGUUUUUGACCUCCAUGUCUUUUUGUUCUCAUCAUUAUAGUGGUAUACUUGCAGUUGUGACAUGCUAAUAUUUAAAUUUGAUUUCUCUGUUUUGUUUAGUUUAAAAAUGUUUGAGAAUGGUAAAUAUGAAGCUGUAAUUAUAAGGACAAAUAUCCUCGUUUAACGGCUUUGUUGCAUUUUUUUUUCUUUACCAGUACAGUUGUACACAAUAAUUGUGUCAAGAAUAAUUAUGUUAUAAUUAAGUGGUGAAAAUGAAGGGAGGCACUACUCA